AUGUCGAUCCUCGUCAUUACCCUGCUGCUGGCCUCCAUGGUCUCGGCUCAGGUCAGCCACGUCAUCCACGGCUUUGAGUACGUUGGCUGCGUCAGCGUCACGUCGGACAAGUUCAACGCCUUUGUCAACUUUGGUAGAGCUUACACCCCUGAAGAGUGCCAGUCUGCUUGCACUGGUCGCAACUACGCUGCCGCCUUUCCCGACGGCUGCCGUUGCGGUAGCAGUUUGGUCAGUUUCCCCCUGAUUGAUGAGUCUCUCUGCAGCAAGGCUUGCACCAGUGACCCCAAGUUCGGUUUCUGCGGCUUUUCCAACUCGGAGGGAUGCAGUUACGCCAACGUGUACAAGGCAUGCAACGAGAACACAUUUCUUCCAUCCUCUUCAUUGCUUCCAGGGGGCCCAGCAUCCACCGAGACAGCCCCUUCUAUCACCUUCAUAACUAUUCAACUUCCGACCAUCACUCGCACACGGAAGCUGGCCACCAAGUCCACUGUCGUUAUUCACACCGUUACGCCAGGCGAUGGGGUCUCUAACAUCCCAUGCAACUCGGACUAUGACAGGCCCCCCGCCACUCUGACCAAAGUCACUCCUUCCAGCCGCACCAUUGCCGUUCAGACCGUCGUCAUCCAUGUACCGCCGAAGAGUGCCAGUGUAUCUGGAUUGCAGACGUACGGCAGCGUGCAGUUGGACCCUCCCGUGGCCACUGUGCCGCCAGCCGAGACGCCUGUCAUGGCUCCGCAACCAACUCCGGACAGACUCAGCCUUACCAGCCUGGUCCCGUACGACCCUGUUCCAGGGGUUAAUGUUCCAACUAACACCACCGUUCUUGUUGUCACCUCGACUCCUGACGAGCCCAUGUUCCAAACACUCAUCAUGCCGGACGACCCUUCUGCGAUAACCGCUACAUUCACCCCCGCCAUUGUCACGAAGAGCCCGGCCCUUCGCACCAAGCUUGACGCCGGCGGCGCUGCUGGCGUCGUGGCUGCUUUCCUAAUCGCUGCCGGUAUUUGA